UCUGGGGCCGGUGCGGGGAGCGCCGCACUGUGCACGGACCGGGCAGCCGACACCCCGCGUGUGUCCCCGGAGCAGUUCAGUCCUGUCCCCACCUCCACCCCCUGCGGCAGCGCCACCCCCGCAGAGACACCUCCUGGCCCGGCGCAGGUGACACUGACACUGGCGGCUGCUCCGGCCACCGCCGAGCUUCCUGCUUCCCAGAAGGUGCCGGCGCCGCGGCAACAGGAACUGAGGCUGGGAGGAGGCGGUGCCGCCGCUCCCCGCCGCGCUCACGGCCCGAGCCGGGGGAGCGGAGCAGCCAUGGGCCACCGCCAGCAGCCGCUGUAACCUCCCCCUCCCCCGGGGCCGGCGCGUCCCUCCUUUCCCUGCCGGCCGGGCGAGGUGUUUCCCCGCGGGGGCGCGGACCGGCCGCCCGGGGCCCGAGAUGUGACCAUGGACAGCAGGAUCAAGGAAAAUCCAGAAAGUACAUUUGAUUUGGUACUCAAGGUAAAAUGCCAGGCUUCUGAAAAUGAAGAUCCGGUGGUACUGUGGAAGUUCCCGGAGGACUUCGGAGACCAGGAGGUGCUGCAGAGUGUGCCGAAGUUCUGCUUUCCUUUUGACAUUGAAAGGGUGUCCCAAAAUCAAGUAGGACAGCACUUUACCUUUGUGCUUACAGACAUUGAAAGUAAACAAAAGUUUGGAUUUUGCCGGUUAACAUCAGGAGGCAAAAUCUGCCUCUGUAUUGUAAGUUACCUGCCAUGGUUUGAGGUAUACUACAAGUUGUUAAAUACUCUGGCAGAUUAUUUGGCUAAAGAACAGGAAAAUGACUUGAAUGAUAUGUUAAAAUCACUGUAUAGCCACCCUGUGCCAAAGGCAAACACUCCUGUCAGUUUAAACGUGAAUCAAGAGAUGUUUUUUGCAAGUGAGCAAGUUCUGAAAAAUCAGCCGUACCUAGUAUCGCAUUCGUACUUCAUUACUCCUGAUCUAACUGGAUUGCCAACAAUCCCAGAAAGUAGAAAUCUUACUGAAUAUUUUGUUGCUGUGGAUGUGAACAACAUGAUGCAACUUUAUGCCAGUAUGUUGCAUGAGAGACGAAUCAUUAUUACCUCUAGCAAACUAAGCACUUUAACUGCUUGUGUUCAUGGGUCAGCUGCAUUGUUAUAUCCAAUGUAUUGGCAACACAUAUACAUCCCAGUGCUUCCUCCACACCUUCUGGACUACUGCUGUGCACCGAUGCCAUAUCUAAUUGGAGUCCACUUAAGCUUAAUAGAAAGAGUAAAAAAUAGAUCACUGGAGGAUGUGGUUAUGCUAAAUGUUGACACAAACACUCUAGAAAACCCAUUUAAUGACCUGAACAACCUACCUAGUGAAGUGGUCUCAGCCUUGAAAAAUAAACUGAAGAAGCAGUCUACAGCUACGGGUGAUGGAGUAGCUAGGGCCUUCCUUAGGACACAGGCAGCAUUGUUUGGAUCCUACAGAGAUGCACUAAGAUACAAACCUGGAGAGCCUAUCACUUUCUGUGAGGACAGUUUUGUGAAGCAUCGUUCCAGUACUACCAAACAGUUCCUGGAAACUGCAGUGAAUCUUCAACUUUUUAAACAGUUUAUUGAUGGUCGACUAGCAAAGCUAAAUGCAGGAAGAGGGUUCUCUGAUGCUUUUGAAGAAGAGAUCACUUCUGGAGGCUUCUGUAGAGGAAAUUCAAGAUCUUAUCAGCAGUGGGUGCAUACAGUAAAGAAAGGAGGUGCACUAAUCAACACAGCCAUGACCAAAGCCAGCCCUGCUGUGAAGACAGCAUACAAAUUUGCAAAAAGUCAUGCAAAGCAGGGAAUAAAAGAAGUGAGGAGUAAGUUAAAACACAAGGAGAGUGAUGAAGAAUAUGGAACUUGUAGCUCUGGUGUACUACAGUGUGCGCCAGUGUACACCUUACACAAUCAGAAAAGAGGAAACUCAGAAAAACGAAGACUUGCCCAGACGCGUUUCAACCAACACCUUACCAAUGUCAGCAAUCAUGAUUCUGCCCUGGAUGACGAUGACGAUGAUGAAAUGGACAGAACAAGCAAGUUAUCGUCUGAAGACAGCGAGGAAGCCUCCGCUUAUUUUUAUGAUAGUGAUGAUUCUGGUGAAACAGGAGUAAAGUCUUAUCAUACAGGAGAAAUGGACUUGCUGGGAGAGAUUUUGGACACGCUGAGCACACACAGUUCAGAUCAAGGAAAGCUCUCAGGAGCAAAGAGCCUGGAUUUCUUUAGAUCAACGGACGAUAUUGAUUAUAAGGCUAUGAACAAGUCUAGUGCACCUAGUGAGAGCAACCUCGCUCUGCUCUGUAGUGGUACUAAUGAUCCAGUGGAGUGGAAUCUUGGUCAGGAUGAUAGUGUUCUCCAGGGGAAACAGCUCCCUCCAUCGCCAAGAAAGCAAGUUGAUUUUAGUGACCAGAUGGAAUCUGUCUCUGUGCUGCAGGAGGAAAAUAGUGACAAAAUCCUUAGUGCUGACCAUGUGGAUUUCUCUAAAGAUUUUGUGAAGUCAACUUCUCCAACACGAUCAGUUGCACAGCUUGCUUCUCUGGAAUUUUCCCAAGUAGAUGACUCCUUCCAUAGGAAGAUAAAACCGAAUGAAACACUAAGCAAUACCUCAGAGGAUCAGCUCCCAGUGAACCUUUGUCAACAUCCAUCCAUUCUAAUUCCUUGGCAAAAAGAAGGGGAUGAAGGAAAGGAAACCCCAGAAGAAAGUGGGCUUCUUCAUGAAGUUGUGUCAUUAUGUAAAAUGACCUCUGCUUUCCACCACAGUUUAAACAUUUCAGAGGAUAAUUACUCCAGUAAUAGCAGUGGAAAUAAAGUGUAAGGGAACUUUGAGAGGAGAAACUACUUCCAUGAGAGGUUAAAGAGAGACUACUCAGGAGUCCACGUAAUACAUGAUAACCAAAAGAUCACAAAGGAAUAAUUACUUUUACAUUUUAAAAUACUUCUGUUUGUUUAGUACAUGGAUUUAGACAUCUGCUUAUAUGUUUCUCGGUUAAUUUCUUGGCUGUGUUUAAGUCCACAAGAUGGAACUAAAUAUACUAAUGCACUCUUAAAUCAGGUACUAGUUUGUAUGUAUGUGAAAUAUACAACUGGUGCAUGGUGCUUACUAAUGUUCCUUUGUGCAGCAGGAAGUGUAUCGCCUUUGCAUAUAUCCAGAUACUGAAGGUACUGUAUUAAUCCUGUUGGGCAUGAAAUGAACAAAAACAGUUUAGAUUUGUCUGAAACUUACAAAUAUCGAUGUUUGUAAUGAUUUAAUUGCCUUAAUCAUUUGGGAAAAGGUUUAAAUAUCUUAGAAGAUGACUUGCAAACAUUCAGAAGAGCAAUAAUGAUUUUCCAUGGCAGGUAUCUGCUUGAGCAAAGGGGAAAAAGACCUUUUCUAAACUAAAGGAUCUCUUGUGACUAAUAGGGAGCUUGUUAUAAACAGAAACUGUGGCCAUGUCUUCCAGACCUUGAAAAGGCGGUGCAUACUUUUCUCUUAUGAAGUGCUGAAUUACAAUGUGAAGUUACUUAACUUCUGUUUACAACUAAGGCACUUUAAAGACAUAUUAUCCAGUGUCUCAAUGGAGACGUUUUCAUCUAGGAAUUUUCAGAAAGGAAAGUGUACGUGAAAUUGAUAGAUUUUAUUGCUGUUUUUUAAAUUUCUACAAUUUAAUAAUUCUGUACUAAAAUUAAUUUGUGCCACUGCUGAACAUGACCAUUUGAUUUUUACAAGCCACCUUUAAAAGAAACAUUACAUUAUUGCUUUUCUUCUUUGGAGUUUUGUUGAGUUGAGCUGUGCAGUAUUUUAAAGAGCAGUGAAUGAAGAUUACUUAUAACACUAGACAUCAAAAGUAAUUGGUUCAGCAAUUAAGAAUGCAAAUACCCCACUCUCAUGUACCAGAGAAUCUUUUUGCAAUUACAAGGAAGGGAAUUAAAUGGAUGCUGCAUGUACUAUAUUUAGGCAUAAAUGUUUAUCCUCCUUCGAGAAGGUAGCAUUCCUAAAGGAUAUUUCUGUAUUUAAAAUUCAAAAAGUAGAUUCCUCCCUGAGUGGAGCACAUCUAUUCAUUGUCCUUGUCCACCCCUCUUUGUCCCAUACCCUCUGUGGAUCAGAAUGAGUACAUUCUGGGGUGAACCACACUAGGCCAAAAAUGGCAACUUUGAAUACUGUCUAUUGGCAUGUGUAACCCAAAGCAAGGAGUAACAGGAUUUGUCAUUGCGAGGAAUGCUCUCCCACUCUUCCUCACCAACAGCAGGAAUCUUCUUCUGCGGCAAGGACGGCUUAGUGGUAUCCUCAGCACAGACCAAGGAGAGCAAGUUGAAGAAGUCAGGGGUUAGGGGCAGGUUGGGCUGCAGUACUUUGGUAGUGGAUCACUGCACAGGUUAACACCAGUUGUCACGUUUGGGUUUACAAAGGAAGUUUCCUCUUGGCUAAUGCGAUUUGGCUUUUCUUUUCCCGUUUUAUCACCAUGAGCAUCAGGCAAUUGGUUAUGUCAGGUGGCUCAAGGGAAUUGGUGUGUGAUCCCUUUGGGGAGGUUGGGGGGCGGUGGCUGAUGCUCUGCCCAUGAGAUCUAGUGUCUAAUACUAUCUUGUCAUUUCACAUAACUUUGUUGGCAACAUCCCUGGCAUUGUAAAAGAAGGUCUUGUAUCCCAAACUACAGACUCCGGAUGGGUGAAAAGGAGCAGGGAGGCAGAUUUUAGCAACACCACUGGUGAGGAUGGGCCGCAUGACUGGGUAAUGGUAUGAGGCCCCUUCACCAAAGUGCCCCGUUUUACGUGCAAGGGAAAGGGUCAGGUUGUGGACUCACAAUUCAUAAUACAAUGUCCUUGGCUGAUUAGAACAUGAAAGUUUUUAUAGGUGUGUUCAGUAUAUAUUUCUGAAGAGGACCUCAGAAGCUUAUUGGUGCUGAGGAUGAUGGUAAGAUUUGCCUCCUGAUCUGUCUUAGAGUUUUCUGUAGUACUGAUCACCAUAGGAUCUGAGAUGCAAGUGGAGUCUUUAUUUGUGUUAUCCCAAAAAGUGGCACUUGGCAAAACUGUGUUUGAGUUACUGAGGACCAAAAUUAUUAUUAACCCAUAAACUAUUAAACAUUUUAGCUGGGUUAUCAGAUAUCAAGAAAUAGGAAGUGUCAGGUCUGAACAGUGUUUAAAUGGGGAGCUCGAAGGAAAACACAAGAUGUUGCAGGAGGUUGUACAGGGAAUCUGGAAGUGGCAUUUUUCUUUGUUGGUCCUGAAUCAGUACCCAAGUAGGUUAUGCUGUGCUGUUAGGUGGAUUUAGGAUAAGACGGGAAAAAGAAAAGUCCUAGCAAUCUCUUAGCACUUCUUGUUUGAUUGUUACUCUGAUAACACUAGAAAAAUGAAAUGUUCAGUUGGAUUCUUAUUUAUGUAACUGCAUUUUGCUAACCUUAAUUCCCAGAUUCAACUGAAUACAGUAUUCUUUUCCUGUUGUGUGGUGGCCCUGUGUACAGUCCCACUCUUGAGAAGACGGCUUUCCUUUCCUAUGCAUCCGAAGAAGUGGGCUGUAGUCCACGAAAGCUUAUGCUCUAAUAAAUUUGUUAGUCUCUAAGGUGCCACAAGUACUCCUGUUCUUUUUGCGGAUACAGACUAACAUGGCUGCUACUCUGAAACCUGCUCUCCUUUGUAGGUUUAACAGGGUUGCCACUCUCUGGUAGUGUGCCUCCUUGUAUAUAGGUCAGGGAAAGUCGCUCUUGCUGCAUCGCGUGCCCCCUUGCUGCUCAUUGCUUGCUCUGCAAUAGCCCUUCUUCAAGUAACUUGGCCCUCCAGCUAGGUUACUAUUUAGUCCACCCCUUCCGGUGGACUUACAAAGUCCAACAGGACAACUGCCCAAAUGCUGUUGCCAGAUGCAUUCAGCCCUCCUCUGGCUCUGUGCCACUAUACCAGGGGAACCCGGACCCACCUGUUAUACCAGGUUCCAGCUCAGGAACCUUAUAACCAGCAAUCCAGGUCCUCAUUCCCAUUCCCUGGCACUGUUUCCCCAGUCUCCUUCCUACCAAGUCUCCGUAUCUUCUCUUUCCUGGUUCUCGGUUUACUACUGGAGCCUACUGUACUUCCCGUGGCUACUUCUCCCCUCCUAGCCUCUUGCCAGACUCCUUACACCAGGAAAGGAUCCCAGAGCUUACUCUCGCCCUGGACUUCCUCCUUGCUCCGGGAGGCCUCCCUCCUCCCAGGGGAGCAACUGUGGACUCCUUUACCUGCAAGCUGCCUGCUGCUUUCAGCCUCUUGGUUUUUUAGUGCUGGCCCAGCCCUCCCCCAAGCUGGGCUUCCCUCUCAAUUAACCCUGGCCCUCCUUCUCUCAGGUGAUGUCAGGUGACCUAAUUAGUGUCUCAGGCCCUCAUUCACCCUAUUAGGGCUGGUGUGGGGUGCACACCAUAUCGCAGUAGGUGAAGUGAAUUCUUGGGUAGGGCUAGAAGGAAUCAGAAUGAGAUAAUGUGAAAAGACAUUAGGAAUCUACUAGGAUAAUAGGCACUAUGCACAUUUGUACGAUGUUAUAUUAAAUGCUUUUAUAUCUUAGAGAAUUAUCAGUUUCUGUCUUGGAGGAAAAAAUAAGGUUAUCAGAAAUUCUAGUCAUGUUUACUUUUAAAUCUAUAAAAGCAUCUUUCAGGAAUGCAGCAUGAGAUUUAAGGAUGGGGUUUUCAAAAACAUCUAAUGGACCAGCUUUCACUGACUUCUGAUAGGAGUUGGGCACCCGACUCCCUUAGGCACUUCAGUGAAGGAGAAUUUGUAGGCCAUACCAGGUUGCUAAUGUCCCUUUAAUGAUUAUUAGGAGUAUAGGACUGAAAAAAAUGAUUUGGGAAUUGUACAACAUUGAUGCCUUGAUGGGUUAUUGUUUUAUAAGUAAUAUUCAUGUCUCUGAUAAGUGAAAUUGCAGAAAUAGAAAGUUAAUAGAUGGCUGUUAAAAUUCAACUUUUUGAAUUAUUUUUGAUUGCAAUAGCCAUGAAUGUGUUAGGGUUGCCACACUAAUGUCAAAUCCUUCCCAUAUUGCUGAUGUGAUUCGUAGAAUGUUUACAGUAUUUUGACUAUUGUGUCUUCCUUCUUUUUGAACCUACAUACCUUAAAAUAUAGCCUCGUUGUCUAUGUCUGAUUAAUUUAAAUUUAGCCACAUUUUUAGAUUCUUUAUCACUUGAUAUCAAAGGUCUUUUUGAAAGGCUAAUAUUGGUGCCUUAUUUAAACAUACAAAAUUACCAGGCAUCUUCCAUAUUAACAAUCAAAAAACCAGUUAACCAUGCCAAAUUUAUCAAAUAGAGUAGCAAGUCUAGCUGCAGCCAACACAGCUCUACUCUGUUCUUAGUGCAGUAUCAGUCUGUCUGUAGGCCAUGUCUACAGUAUUUUGAUUAUCAUAGAGAGUCCGAUGGUAAGAAAAAUUGUCCAUGUCAAGGAUUUUACAAGUUUUCAACUAUUCUCAUCUGUGUGAAUUCUCCUAAUGCCUUCUAAAGCAUCAGCAUUAAUCUCCAUCUACUGGUGAGAGCUGAACUCAGUUCAGUGAAAAAGCUGCUCAGGACUCCAGUAGAGGCACUUGUUUUUUAGCUGAAUCAGUAUCUUUAUGAGCUUCCCAUUUUCCCCCCAUGAGGGAAAUAUGAGAUUUUGUUUGAUUUAACAUUGCACUCUCUUAUCCAUACUUAGGGACAAAGUCCUGACCUAGUCAGUUACACUGGGACUUGAAUUUCAGGUCUUCGGUUCAUCUCUAAUAGAUUAUGCACCGUGCCUCCAUGAA